UUCAGUGAACAGAUUGUAAACAACGUGUUAUACAUUGCAGCAGUUCCCGAGUGUCUUUGUUGGUAUUUCCCACAGUUAUAUGUUACACACGUUUGUGAUAUAGAGUCUACCAUAUUACCGGCAAUCAGUACAACAGUGGAGGCGUGACAUCGAAUAGGCGAAAGGUCAGAUAUUUUCCGCUGUGUCAGUGACGAGCGAUAUCAGCAAAGCCGGUGUGGUAUAGAAAGGGAAACAUCGUCCAUGUAUACGAGCCACAUCGAUCAACGGGGACUAUGGAAUUUCUACCUGGAAUACCGUCUGACGUUCUAACAGUAAGUUUGGCUACUGGAGUCGUCUGUUUAGCGAUUUACUACUGCUUGCGCGACAGAGUUGAUAUCCCCGGUCCGUAUGCGUUACCAUUUGUUGGAAAUAUCUUCCAAAUAGUUAUCAAACAUCAACGUAACACUCUCUAUACACUUCAUAAAGUUUACGGUAACAUUUUUAGAUUGUACUUCGGGCGACGUCUGGUCGUGACUCUCUGUGGUAAAGAACUUAUCAGUGACGCGUUCAUCAGACAAGCCGAUUCAUUCAGUGAUCGUCCAAACGGUAUGACAGUAAACAAGAAUGAUACGGAAAACGGAUUGAUCUGGUCGAAUGGACAUACGUGGAAAGUACUCCGAAGAUUCACUCUACAGUCCUUGCGUGAUUUUGGACUUGGAAAACAAUGUUUGGAAGAUAGAAUUUUAGAAGAAUGUAAUGUUGUAUUGGGAGAAAUGGCACGAACACAAUCAAAGCCAUUUAGUAUUAAGAACCUAUACAGAGAUGCUGUAGCCAAUGUCACACACACCAUCAUAUUUGGGAAAAGAUGUGAAUAUGAUGAUCCAGCUUAUCGAGAGGUUAUCGACAACAUUAGUUUGCUUUUCAAUAUGUCCCUUGGAGGUCUUUCUCCAACAACUAUUUGGCCAUUUCUAAAACUGUUCCUGAAGAACGAUUCAGUGACGCGAAUGGAGUGCCUACAAAAUAUAUCUAGUUAUAUAGAAGCGCAGGUAGAAAACCACAAGUUAUCGUUUGAUGAUGCAAAUAUUCGUGAUUUUAUCGACAUCUAUCUUCAGGCUAAGAAGAAUGGAAAGGAUACAGAUAUCAUCACAUCAGGACAACUGUUCAGAGUGAUUUUGAAUUUGUUCAAUGCAGGAACAGAUACAACAGCCGCUUCUCUGAACUGGUCAGCCUUGUACAUGAUCAGCUUUCCCGAGGUACAAGAAAGAUGUCAACGAGAUAUUGAUGAAGUUGUUGGUCAGGGGCGUCAAGUACGAAUGUCCGACAAAUCCCAGCUGCCAUACGUAGAGGCGACAUUACUAGAAAUACAGCGCUUAUCAAACGUGGCCAUCGCAAGCCUUCCUCAUACAGCAACACGCGACGCUUUUGUCGGAGGUUAUCGUAUCCCUAAGGGAGCGAUUGUUAUUGCACAUCUUCAAGUUACACACGAAGAUUAUAGUUAUUGGGAUGAUCCCCUUGCAUUUAAACCUGGCCGUUUUUUAGAUUCGGACGGCAAGGUAAGGAAGUACGACGGAUUCAUGCCGUUUUCUGUGGGCCCACGUGCCUGUCCCGGAGAUUCCCUCGCUAAGAAAGUUAUGUUUUUGAUGUUCUGCAAUACACUUCAGAGGUUUAACUUCUUAAAGAAGGAAGGAGAUGAUGUUCUGUCGUUCGAAGGAGAAAUCGGGUUAACUAGGGUACCAAAGCCUUAUGAAUUAAAACUCGUUCCCCGGAAGUAAUGUGUUAAAGAUACUAGGUGAAACACUGUAGGUGCUAUUGAGAAACUGAAAUAACGUACUGUGACUGAGUUAUGUUUGGUCUUCGGUAUCCAAUUCCUACCUGAAUGAUGUGACUUUUAAUCAUCUUGUUAAUGUUUGUAAUUUAAUUUAUGUGUUGUCAUUCAAAAUUAGAUAAAACUAGUUGAUUCUCCUUGAAAUGGACAGUUCCGUCAUUCACAGUUUCAUGUUCAUGUAUAGAUUAUGUCAACAUUUAAUCGGAACACUAGAUCUGUAACAUUUUGAAAUAUGAUUAGAUAACGGUAUCUUAAUGAUUGAUCAUGUUCAAUGUGUGACAAUGUUCGGACCAAUAAAAUGAAUCCUGUCUUAUUAA